UAUCUCAUCGGAAAGUCCAUCUCCGAUACGGUGUUUUUACUAUGUACUUUCGUUGUCUGGCUGGAGAGGGUGGAAGUGACUCUGCUCCACACACAAGGCGUCUGCCAGAUCGUUCUGUAUCUGACUUACAUCAGCGCCUUCGUUUCCGUCUGGUUUGUUGUCGCCUUGACCACGGAGAACCUGGUUAGGAUUCGUUACCCGUUCAAAGUGGGCAAGUACUGUACAAUUCGCGGGGCAAAGUGGUGCAUAACCAGCAUGGUGGUGACCGCCUUCGUUCUAUACUGUCCGGUUCUCUGGCUAAAUCACGUCGAACUGAUGGAAGAUUACCCCCUGUGUCAGAUGAAUCAAGAGAUGCAUAUGAUUAACUCCAUCUACACCUACCUAGACACGGUCGUCACUCUUAUCCUGCCUUCGGUCACCAUUCUCGUCCUGUUGUUCUUGUCUUUCGAGGCCGUGUGGAUGUCGAAAGCCCGAAACAAGCGGAUGUACAACGGCCUUCGUGUUUCCGUCAGCGUUGUGAUGCAGCAACAAAUCACUCGGAUGUUAUCAGCUGUUUCCGUUUCCUUCAUCAUCAUGGCGCUUCCUAGUCACAUCGCGAGAGUGUCCCUGCUCGUGAUGAUAUGGCUUGAGGUACAAGUGUACGGGGACAUCACACCUGAGCAGUAUCUGACUCAGCAUUUACUGCAGCUGUUGUAUUACUUGACGUUCUCCGUCAGCAUUAUCACAUAUGCGACAUUUUCCCAGAGUUUCAGAAGGACAUUAUGCGUAUGCCUUAACCCGUUGAAAACAAAGGGUAAAGAGCCUCCACAAGAAGUCACGAGUAACUCCUACGUAACCGACGCGAAUUCAGCGAAAACACAAAUGAAAUUGUUACCGAAGGGACAGGCAGUGUAACUGUAAACUUUUGUUCUUAUUUCACUUCAUUCAAGAACGCUAUGUUGAAAAACACACAUACUUGCAAUUUACCAACAAUCGUUCUCUCUAAUUUAUUGUUCAUAUUACAUGUAACGUUUAAAUGGACAUUUAUAAAAUUUCUGUGUAAUUAUUUCAGAAUUCAGAAUUGCUUUGUUAAGUAUGGAGACUAACAGGUAGAGAACAUGGUGAUAAAAACAUUGGCAGAGAGGCUGGUUAAUCGAAAACAGGUGAUACAGGGUGAUGUGUGCGAACGUUCGAGGAAUUAUACAGACUACCAACAUGUCCAGUUCCAUAGGGUAAUGUAGUGUUAAAUGUAAUUUAUAUCUGGAAAUAAAUAUAUAUUUAU